ACUGUUGUUCAAGCCUUAUCCUCAGGAGAAGCAAAACCUCGGAAGACACUCAAAGAGAAGAAGGAAAGGAGAACUCCUUCAGACGAUGAAGAGGAUAACUUAUUCGCACCUCCCAAGCUGACCGACGAGGACUUCUCGCCAUUUGGCUCUGGAGGCGGCCUGUUCAGUGGGGGCAAGGGGCUCUUUGAUGAUGAGGACGAGGAGAGUGACCUCUUCACGGAAGCCCCGCAGGAUCGGCAAGCUGGAGCCUCUGUUAAGGAGGAGUCUUCAUCAUCCAAACCUGGAAAGAAAAUCCCAGCAGGAGCUGUUUCUGUAUUUUUAGGAGACAUGGAUGUGUUUGGUGCUGCCUCCGUUCCAUCACUGAAGGAGCCACAGAAGCCUGAGCAGCCCACUCCAAGGAAAAGCCCCUACGUUCCCCCUCCCACUGGCCUCUUUGAUGAUGAUGAUGGUGAUGAUGAUGACGACUUUUUCUCGACACCCCGCAGCAAACCUUCCAAAACAGGCAAAGUCCAAUCCACUGCUGAUAUCUUUGGUGACGACGAAGGAGAUCUGUUCAAAGAAAAAGCCGUAGCAUUGCCAGAAGCCACUGUGAGUCAGACAGAUGAAAAUAAAGCAAGAGCAGAAAACAAGGUUACCUUACCUUCCAGCAAAAAUCUCAAGCCCUCGUCAGAAACAAAGACUCAAAAAGGCUUAUUUUCAGAUGAGGAGGACUCUGAGGUAUGGAAUUCUUUUCUUAGUUGUGGGUAUUGGUCUAUGGAUAUGACAUAGAAACUAUUUCUGAAUCAG